ACUAGUCGUCUUCCAAGUCGGUUCACUGUCAGUGUCGCAGCAUUCUCGUGUACCGAUGGAGUUGCAUCUCCAUUCAUAAACUGUUCAGCACCAGUCGGACAGGCGACAUGCAUUAUCGAUCUGUAGCUUGACGUCUCGCUUGCGCACAUCUGUAUCUAUUGCCGCUGGUUAAGAUAGCACACGGGCGCUGUAACAUAAACAAAUCAGUGUGUUAAUCAAAAUCUUCGCUCUCAAAUUGUGCAAAGUUCUACGAAAGAAAUCAAAUACAAACAGGAAGUUACCAGCGAUAGAUGCUAUCGCCGAAAAUUUGGAAUGAGUGAUUGCUGGAAGCUGUACGUGAUAUUCUGAAUCUUCUAUUAGAAAGAAAAUUUGAGUGUGAUCAGAAGAAUAUUUUCGGUCGGGAAGCGUAGUGCAGUGCUUGUUUUCUUCAUCAUCAGUUUUUUUGGAGGAUGCAACUAUUCACUACGAUGAAUCUCAGCAAAGCACACAUGAGGUCAGGAGCCCUUUGGACAACGCUACUUCUAGCUCUGGCUGCCUGCUUCCACAUGGCCCGUUCUGAGCUGUUCACGGCACUGGCAGAUAUGGAAGAGCUGAUGGAAACAGAGGUCGUGUUGAUCACCAAUCUAGAAAAGUACAUCCGCGUGCAGGAGGAAAAACUAGAGCGAUUACGGCGGAAAAGUUUAGAAUACCAACGUGAGCACGCAGAAGCCGCGAAAGAUAUCAGUGCAUAUCUUUCCAACCCGGUUAACGCGUUCUUGCUGCUCAAACGACUCACAACCGAUUGGCGUGAAGUGGAAAGUCUGAUGUCCUACGAUGUAGGAGCAGAUUUUUUGGAGAAUGUUACCAACUACAGGGACGUACUGAAGUUUCCCUCCGACGAAGAUCUAAACGGGGCAGCUGUGGCUCUAAUGCGGCUACAGGACACAUAUAAAUUAAACACAGCUUCGGUGGCUCGGGGUGAACUGAACGGUGUACAGUACAGUACCGAAAUGUCAGCCGGCGAUUGCUUUGAGCUUGGACGGCAAAUGUAUCUGAAUGGAGAUUAUUACCACACCAUGCUGUGGAUGCGAGAGGCGAUGGAUCGGCUCUCGCACGAGGUUAACCGCACAACGACGAAGGCUGACGUAUUGGAGUAUCUGGCAUUUUCCACGUUCAAAGAAGGAAACAUGCAAACCGCACUGGUGAUGACCAAUGAACUGCUGGAGCUGGUCCCAAACCAUGAGAGAGCCAUUGGAAAUAAAGCUUACUACGAGAAGGAAUUGGAAAAAGAAGCUACCCAGAAAGCGCUCCGCGGCGACGAUGGUAGUGAGAAUGUUCCGGUGGAUACCACCACUCAAAUUCGUACUGAUAUGGGCCCGAAUGCGUAUGACACAUCGGAACGCAAACUGUACGAGCAGUUGUGCCGAGGAGAAGCCAACCGAACUAUUGAGUAUCUAUCAAAGCUGUCCUGUAGAUAUGUUACCAAUGAAUCAGCUUUCCUCAAGUUGGCUCCACUGAAACUAGAAGAAGCUCACCUGAAACCGUAUAUCGUUAUCUACCAUGACGUCAUGUCUGACAAGGAAAUUGAAGUUAUAAAAAGAUUAGCCAAACCGCGAUUCCGCCGGGCGACAGUACAGAACUAUAAAACGGGCGAGCUGGAAGUUGCCAACUAUCGGAUCAGCAAGUCGGCUUGGUUGAAGGAUGAGGAACAUCCGUAUAUUAAGUCCAUUGGACAACGGGUAGAGGAUAUGACGGGCCUCUCUCAGACGACAGCCGAAGAGCUGCAGGUUGUCAACUAUGGCAUUGGUGGCCACUACGAGCCGCACUUUGACUUCGCCCGGAGGGAGGAAAAGAAUGCUUUCAAAAGCCUCGGAACGGGAAACCGCAUCGCAACUGUGCUCUUCUAUAUGAGUGACGUUGCACAAGGUGGUGCAACCGUGUUUCCCAGCAUUCGGACGGCGCUAUGGCCGAAGAAGGGGACCGCCGCCUUCUGGUAUAAUCUGCACGCGUCCGGAAAUGGUGACUAUGCAACGCGCCAUGCUGCCUGUCCCGUACUUACUGGCACCAAGUGGGUGUCUAACAAAUGGAUCCAUGAACGUGGCCAGGAAUUCCGUAGGCCGUGCGAACUGCAACCCGAUCACCCGGAAGAGUUCUGACAGCGGAUAGUGUACGAGGAUGAACUGGACGAACUGGACCUGGAGUGAUUAUUGUAUCGUGAAUCUAGAAAAGUUGCCAUAUACCCAAGCACUUCUCAUCUCUGGUACCAUCAUCGAUGAUUAUUCCAUUUAGGAAUGGAAAUGUCCUGACACACACAUAGCCAGUGAAAUGCUGCUUGUUAGGAUAACCAAUUGAACACCAAAUUUUUGCAUUUCUCGUUAGGUUCGACUUGCUCUCUUUUAAUUUAGAUUUCUAGCUAGUAGGAGCUUUAUUUAGUCAACGAAUCUCCGCGCAAAAAUGUUCAUUUAAGUUUUUUAUUUUAUUUUCAAAUGCAUUUCAAACUGUGGCAAUAUCUGUUAGUGGUUCUGCCAACUUACUCAAGCGAAGUCUUCAUGAGAUAGAAUGUAAAUAAAGAUUUCUAACUAAAAC